AGCCCCCCAAGCCACCAACUCUCUCCCCCCUUGACAACCCGGUGAGAUCUUGAUGAAAUUCCUUCCUUUCUAGUUCAAUCACAAGAUUUAGGACCUAAAACUCCCUCCUAAACCUAGAAAUUUCCAGACCUGCUUUGGUCUUCCUCCCCUGUCCGCCGGUUGCUAUAUGGGUUUGAAUUUCUGGGCAUUUUUUGGUUUCCGUGAGUUUCCUUGCAGAUGCCGUUGGCUUCUUCUCCUUGCCAGCUCCGGUUUGCUUGCUGGAAUUUUGGUUUUGAUCGUGCUGUCACUAUAGCGCUUAGGUUAAGCCUUCUAUUCUGUGCGAGGGAGGAAACGAAACCGAGUACGGGGAAACCAAGGGGAGUGACGAGGUAGAAGGCUAGCCAUUUCUAAUCAGAUAUAAGCUUUAGAUUUUAUCAUCAUUUUUGUAAGGUAGAUUUUAUUCUUGAGAUUAUGUGAAUUGGAUAAGUUCUGAGGCUUGUGCAUUUGUGGGACUCAUCUCACAAGUGCACGGCGUCUGUCGCGCCUUGGAUUUGGGUUAUGAGACGUGACAUAAGGAGUAAUUAAGUAGGAACAAAAUAAAGAGUGGUACUUGAUAGAGGAAAACAAAAUUAACACACAUGCAUAUAAUUCAACGUGCGGAGUCCAGUAGGUUGAAGAUGAUGAAGCAGGCAAUGACAUGUUUACAUGAUUGUGCAUCCGUGUUGAUUUUGUUCACUGCAGCAAUAGGCGUAACCGCUUGCGCAGCCACCCCGACCCCAACUGUUUUGGUUGGACUCGCCCACCACGCCAACAUGGGCACCCAGGCCUUCCACUGUAGCAUUCAUCACAACAAAACCCUGAGGGAAGUGGAGUUAGAAACGGUGGCGGUCCUAGUUCUUGGGAGUCCUCUACCUCAUUUUUCUUCUCUGGCUCCUUCGACUCCUCUUGUUCAGGUUUCAAUUCGAGCUCUUUGAUGAUCUCGUAUUUCUUUAAUUAAUUUGUUCACAACAC